AUGGCACAACGAAAAGUAGUCGUUACAGGUUUAGGUCUCGUUACUCCUCUUGGAGUGGGGCCAAAGCAAGUAUGGAAAAAUUUAAUAGAAGGGCAAUGUGGAAUUGUUUCAUUAGCUAAGCGUCCAGGUUUUGAACAUUUGCCUGUUCGCAUUGCUGCAGAAGUUCCUCAGGGAUCUUUUAAAGAAGGAAAGUUCGAUGCAUCAGAAUGGAUUGACAAAGGGGACAAUCGAACAAUGGCCAAGUUUUCUCAUUAUGCCAUCGCAGCAGCACAUCAAGCCCUGAAGGAUGCAAAUUGGAAGCCUGAAUCAGAUUUCGAAAAACAAAGAACAGGUGUUUGCAUAGGUUCCGGCAUGGGCAGUUUAGAAGAUAUUGUAGAUACUACAAAUGCUUAUACAGCGGGAGGUUAUAGAAAAGUAUCACCUAUGUUUGUACCUAGAAUUCUAAUUAAUAUGGCAGCUGGACAUCUCACAAUGAAAUAUGGAUUUCAGGGACCCAAUCAUGCAGUCUCGACUGCUUGCACAACAGGUGCUCAUGCUAUAGGUGAUGCUAUGCGAUUUAUACAGUAUGGUGAUGCAGAUGUUAUGGUAGCUGGAGGUACUGAAGCAUCCAUUCAUCCUUUGGCAAUGGCAGGAUUUGCACGUGCAAAAUCACUUGCUUCUCAAUACAAUGAUAACCCUCAGAAAGCUUCUCGGCCCUUUGACAAAGAUCGUUCAGGGUUUGUCAUGGGUGAGGGUGCAGGUGUAUUGGUGUUGGAGGAAUAUGAACAUGCGAUGAAGCGAGGAGCUUCGAUCUAUGCUGAGUUGAAAGGAUAUGGUCUUUCAGGUGAUGCACAUCAUAUGACUUCACCUCCUGACCAAGGGCAAGGAGCGAUGUUAUCUAUGCAAAGAGCACUUCGAGUUGCAGGACUACAACCGAGUGAUAUUGAUUAUGUAAAUGCACAUGCCACAAGUACACCAUUAGGAGAUAUAGCAGAGAAUCGAGCGAUCAAGAAAGUAUUUGAAGGAUGUUGGGACCAACUCACAGUUUCAUCUACUAAGGGCGCAACAGGGCAUUUAUUAGGUGCAGCUGGCUCAGUAGAAGCCAUUUUCACCGUCCUUGCUAUUCACAAUAAUAUGUUACCACCCACACUUAAUCUUCAUGAACCAGGAAAUGAUGAAUUCAAUUUAAAUUAUGUUCCCUUAGUUGCUCAAGAGAAACAAGUGAAUGCAGCGAUUACAAAUAGUUUUGGCUUUGGUGGUACAAAUGCCACUUUAUGUUUUACAAAAGUAUAA